UGGUGGAUCAACGAUUAUCGUCGAAUGGAUAGGGAUGGAUCUUCGCAACCGGACAUCUAUUCUGUCAUUCGCAGCGGCCUCCUGGAAAUUGCUUCCUCCCAACAGCCAAGGAUUUCAGUUACUUCACCAGCAGCUUCAGCAGAAUCAUCGAGAAUUCGAAUCAAAGCUGAAUUUCGAGGUGAAAAAUUCUGUAUCGAAAUGAGCCGGCCGGUGCGAUUCAGUGACCUGGAGAAUCAUAUGAAUUCAAGGUAUAAUCUGAGGCUGAACAUUUACUACACGUUACGUAAUAAUGAACUAGUGGUGCCGGUUCGAAAUCAGCUGGACCUUGAUCGAGUGAUUGAGCUUUUCGACCGUGCUUCAACGCAGCGAAGCUUGCGUCUUCUGCUGUCAAGACAUCAGCCGGAUUCUGGAUUACCUUGCACUGCCGAUAGCUCACUGAUUCCAGAUGCCUCUGGAACAUUCACGGCCAUUCAUUCAAGAAUCCUGGAGGUAACAGAAUUUCGAAGUUUCAAUCGUUAG